AUGUACAAGAGAAGUGCCUUAUCAAAUGUGUCCAGAGCUAAACCCUUUUCGGUAUUAUCUCCUUUGAGAGCCAAAUCAUCACCUAUUGUGGAAGAAAAUACGACUACCAAAUCGAAAUUUGAGCAAUUAUCUCCAGCACAAAAGGCUUACCUAGAUAGAGUGAUCAGAGUGGAUCAAGCGGGAGAAUUAGGUGCAGAUUAUAUCUACAGAGGUCAAAUAUACGUCCUGAGUCAUAAACAUCCACAUCUAAGACCAAUUUUAGAUCAUAUGUGGAAACAGGAAGUUCAUCAUCGUAGCACUUUCAAUAACUUACAAUUGAAACACAGAACUAGACCUUCUUUGAUUACUCCAUUAUGGAAACUAGGUGCUACUGCCAUGGGAGUUGUCCCAGCAUUGUUAUCUCCAGAGGCAGCAAUGGCUUGCACAGAAGCUGUAGAGACUGUUAUUGGUAAUCAUUACAAUGAGCAAUUACGUUGUUUAGCUAAUCAAUUCAAUGUUUCUAAGAUAGAUGGUUCUAAAGAUGAACCAGAAGAAAUUAAAAAACUGACUGAUACAAUUAAGGAAUUCAGAGACCAAGAAUUAGAACAUCUGGAUACUGCCAUUAAGAACGACUCGCACAUGGCUGUUCCUUACAAAUUAUUAACUGAAGGAAUUAAAACCGUAUGUAAAGCGGCAAUUUGGACCGCAGAAAGAGUCUAA